AUGAUCCCUGCGCUCAACAUGAACAGCAUCCAUCGCCACACCAACGCGGCUAUUCCUGCAGUUGGUGGGAGUGGCGGGACAGGGUUGGCGGGAGGGCGGCAAAUCUCUCCUCGUGGCUCGUACCUGACCUCUCCGCGAGAGACGUCGAGCAUGCCGUCGGCGCACCUCCAGCGGCGUGCGGCGGAUGUGGCCAACCUGCUAGAGAUGAACCCGCUACAGUGCCACAGCGUCGGCGACCUGCAGCGCAAGCUGGUCGAGACAGCGGAGUGGGUGGUGAAGCUGCGCCACUGGUACACACAUCAGCUCCAGGAGCGAGAUGUGUGGUAUGAGAGCCGCCUGAGAGGCUUGGAGGACUCCUUCCGUGCAGCCUUCACCACUCCCGCGGCAGCGGAAACGCCACACACCACGGCUGGUGCGGGUGCAGUCCGCACUGCCACAGGAGGCAGCUUCACGGAGCACGCGGCCCUCUCCACCAUCUCCGCUUUCCGCGCCAUCGCCAGCGGGACGCCUGCGAGGAGUGCGAUAGCGGCGACCGUCUCUGCGUCCGCGGGCAAGGAGACCGGUAGUGCCACACCGCUGCAGCACCCUAGUCGCGCCCACAAGAGCUCGGCCGCAGAAGGAUCAGAAGCUGCCUUCAAGACUGCAAACAGCUCUCAUCCAGCCAAACGAAACCAGUCAUCAUCAGUCGGCAGGGCCGCUGGUGUAGGGGGCCGCGGUAGCAGUGGCGACGGAGGCAGCAGCGCCCCACAACGGGCGGGUCCGCCGAAGCGGUCAGCGCUGUUGCCCAUCCCGCAAGGCCGCCUCACAGCCUCUGCCGGCUCCCCUGCUCGGCAGCCGCUGCACCCGGAGGACAACGAGCCUCCGUGCAUUAGCUUGCCAGCCACUGUGAUCGAUCGGGGUGAGUCUCGUCCGACCCUCGCGGCGCGCGUCGUUUCAGGGACGACGCUGGUGAUUGUGGAGGCCGACGACGACGCAUCCCGUGCACUACACCACCUAUCAGCGUCCCCGGACCCACGCAGCAGCCGCGCCGGAAGCAUCUCUCUCACAACCUCCGCCGUGCGUACCCAUCUCAACGGCAUCCCUGCACCCGGUGGCGUCAGACUGCGCAGGGACCUACACUCUUCCCGGACACCGCUGAGUGGUCGGCCGCUGUCGGCGAACGCACUCUUGUCGUCUGCCGCUGUUGCGAUGGAGUCCUCCGGCCGCUCCUCCGACAGAGCGAGUGGUAGCGGAAGCCGAAGGAGUGAUGUCGUGCGGGGCGAACGUAGGCGAUACUACGCUUCCUUAUCACGCACGGGGUCUGCCAGCAUCAAUAUCAGCUUGCCGCAUCAUGCCCAGUACUUGGACGCCGGUACUUCACGGAAUCCCGCUGGGGCAGAGGUAAGCACGAGAAACAGCGCCGCUGACGUUGCCGUCCCGGCGUUCCACAAGACGGCUCCUCGCUUCAGCAACUACCUCUAUCUCCUAACCAGCGGCGACAACAACCACAGCCGAAAACCGAAGCGGCGCAGCCUCAGCAGGAGUGGAAGUCGUCGCGGGAGUCGAGUGUACACAACCGGUGGGGCAAAGCAGAACCCCCCAGGUGGAGGGGUCUCUCGGCAACACCGAAAAGGAGUCGGAAACACCGUCACAAGUCGGCAGAGCUCGCCUACUUGUUUCAUCCGCGAGCAGUCGUGGACGUGA